UCGCCCGUGCCCCGCGCGCGACGUACGCCCGCGGUCCGUCCUCUCUCUCCCGCGCGCAGGUUGGCACGCCUUGUUUCCUCCGGAUCCCCGCCAGGCGGAACACUGCCGGGUGAACGAACGAUCGGUUUGCGCGCCAUGCCGCUCCCCGUACUCGCGUGGCGGGCGGUCGUCGCGAUGACCCUGGCGUCGCUGGCGUCGGCGGCGCUGAGCGGCGACGCCCGCGCCUCAGCGGAGCGCGCCGCGGGCCUCUGGCAGUUCGUCGAGUGCGCCGGCGAGGACGACGUGUCCGGCUGCCUGCUGCGGAGGACCAACCGCGCGCUGCGCGCCGUCGCCGAGAUCGCAGAGAGCACCGGCACGUCGAAGACGGCGAGUGACGACAGCGACGCCGUAGAGGUGUCUCCGGGGCAGACCAGCGUGGCGAAGCUCGUCGGCCAGUUCAUCGGCGAGGCGCUGUCCAGGCUGCUGGAGGAGGGGGAGGAGGAGGAGGAGGAGGAGGAGGUACAAGUCGAAGAGUCCGAAGACCAGGUCGCAUCCGACGACAAGCCCGAGAACAAGAGCGGCCUCAAGGGCGAAAGCCGCAAGAAGAAGAAGAAGAAGCUGCUGAUGAAGAUCCACAACCUGAUCCAGAAGCUGUUCAUGCUGAAGAUGCUGAUAAAGUCCAAGUUUGCGAUGAUCCUGCUGAAGCUGUCGUUCAUGGUGCAGCUGAAGGUGGCGCUGAUCGCCCUGCUGAACCUGCUGGUGAACCUGUACCGCCUGUACCUGCAGAAGACGCACCCUCCGGAGCCGCAGAAGGUGGUGUACUACGAGCACGCGCAGCACCAGCACCACUACGACCAGGAGCACUUCCACCACGACGAGGACAAGGGCUGGCUGGGCAACCUGUGGAGCCGCAGCGUGGAGGAGCCGGCGGGCCACGACGAGGCCUACAGCGCGUACCGGCCUGUCCGCGCGGAGGGUCCCGGGGUCAGGCAGGCCUCGCGACAGCCCCACCUCACUCCGCGGCCGCUGCUGGGGUAGCCCCGUCCACAACACGCGCGAACUAGCUUGGCUCCUGCGUGUUAGCCGCGUCCUAGGCGAAUCAUUCACCGACACGCUUCGGUCGACGUUGCAGUCUUGAUGUAGGCUUUCGGACAUACGCCGUUGCUAAGCACGUGCAUGUCUGUAGAAGAAAACUACAAACGACAAAAAUAUCAAAUUAAGCAAAAAAAAAUUGCUGUUGUCAACAGAAUAUAACGCAGUGGCGUAUGUCCAUUUACCUGCAUCAGGUCAUGCACUCCCAUUGCACAAAUCUUUCAAAGAUGGCAUUGCAGUCGCCAUCAUCAGGGAGCAGUUGUACCUACUGAGCAGUGACCUACUUACUACAGACUGCAAUGUCGACCAAAACCUCGGUCCCCAGAAGCCAAGCCGCUACUUCAGACAACGGCCGUGAAAGCCUGCGAACAUUAUUAAAUACACACGAACAACAAAGUAGCACACGGAAGACCAAAACCAGAUGAUGCCAAGAAACGUACUGUAACUUUGUACGACACAUGGCUAUGGUUAUUUGUGCACGUAUGAAAUAUGUUUUUUUUUUCUUUCGAGAUAAUGCCUGAGUAUUUCGUGCGAAAACUCGCAUUAUUUUUUUUUGUUUUGUCCAUCUAAAAGAUAAUCGAAUAUUUAAAUCGUUGGACUUUAUUUUGUCACGUAAUGCUUAUUAAUGUGCGCUGUUAAUACUGGAAAGCUAUUCAGGGAACGGUUUGCAAAUAAAUAUUUAACUAUUGAAAGGUACUGGGACGACACAAACCAUAAAUUCCUGAGUAAGAAUCCAAACUGUUAUUAGGUAGUGCGAAUUUUACAUGAAUAUUUAUGUUCGAUUAACAAACAAAAAUAAUACAGAGCAGACAUUCCAACGGAAGCCCUUCAAAGAAGUUUUAUAGUUGUCGAUCUGAUGUAUUCGUUAUUCCUCCAAUCCUUACGUCUCUCCUGACAUCGAUAGCCCCACAUCUGAGCGCUGCACUUUCCGUUUUUCGUGACGACCUGAAGGCUCAUCGUUUCGACUUCCGCUACCGGCUUUUAAAGAAUUUUCACUUCAAAAAUUUUGGGGUUGACGCUCUUUCCCGGUGCAAUGGAAACAAGUCUGUGAAUGUACUGUGAUUUUUUAACUGUGCGUCGGCUGUUAAGUCCACGCAUCAUCGGAAGGGUUUCUAAGGGUGUGGCUUGUCAGACGUCUCACAGCCGCCCCUGAAUUACCACCGGCCCUAUCUGGUGAUAAAGGGGAGGUGUGUCAUACAACCUUUGUAGCUGCGACCAAUCGGUGCAUGCGCAUCAUCUGGGCUGGGUUAGGUAAAGAAAAAUAAAGCUGUGGGGAGUUAGGAGAGGAGAGACUUACAACUACACAUCUGUGGUCCACUCCUAGGCUGUGCAACCUUUACCGAAACUGUGAAAAAGCAAUUAAUUUUUCUUUUAUUUAAAGGCUCGUAUCCUUUAUUUUAUGAUAGAAAAAAUAUGUAGGUGUUUAUUACAGCACAUUUUAUGCCUAUAUUUCGUUUGCCAUGACACAAUUGUUUGUUCACAACUUGUCAUUUUACUUUUUCCACUGCCAAUCAGCCAAAUUGCAAUCUCAGGCAAAUUUUUUCGCCUUGGUAGCGAUCUAAGAAUAGUUACGCCUGAAGCACUAAAUUAUUUUUUAUUAUUGCCCAAUUUCAGGGUGAAACCAUCUCUCUUUUGCUCGAGUUUUAUAGGUGGCAUCAUCGUGUCGCAGGAGCACAGGAUGCUGUUAGUUUGCACGGUUUAUGUCCAUCAGUUAUCAUGAUCCGACCAGUUAAUAGCUACAAGCACUAAAUGACAAAUAUUUAUCGAAAUACACAUUUGUUUACUGAUCUAAAUUAACGUAAUGUCAGUGAUGCAAGCUGGUGUGAUCACAUGUUAGAUUAUAGUGUUAUUGUGAUAUGAUAAAAAUAUUAUAUUUGCAGCGUUAGGAAAAUUCUUGCCGGAUCCGUCUAUGCGUUACGCCAAUGAAUUGCCCACCAAAAAGAGACGCAUGUUUCAUAUUGAGAAGGACAAAUACGUGUUUAUGUUUGAUGAGUGGUGGUAGACGUAAUCUACCCAGCUUAAAUUAUGUAAGAGUAACUAAAAAAAAUUAAUGCAAGUAAUUGUGAAAUGAAAGACAAAGUGGCUAUAUAUGUAUAUCCAAUUAUAAAUGUAUUUAUUUGUAUUUAUUAAUUUAUUUAUUCAUUGAACUGCCUGAUGUUAUUGACGUCAGUGUAAAGCAAUAAAGAAGAGAAUUUUCUGUUUUCAUCACUUAACAAAAUCGUAUCAUCUGAACCAUCAGUGGAGACUGAAGGAAUAAUAAAACCAGAAUUUUGGUCUGAGAACUGAUUUAAGAAUAUGUUGAUUAUCUUGUUACUGUUUAUCCUCGAAACUAUAAAGUUAUUUCUUUAAAAAAAUGUUGCUCCAUUUAGUAUUUAACCUCAUUUUCCGUUUAUUACUAUGUAGUUUCUCUCCCUUCCGCUCACACACACCUUAUGAUUUCACAAAUGUUCCUAAAUAUACUUAACCUUGUUUACAGUGAACAUUAAAUAUACAUGUAGUUUUUUACUUAUUAUUAAACAUAUUUUCUGUCAUAACAUUUGCCCCACUAACUGUUUUAUUCUUUUCAUGCGUAGGAAGUACCUCACGUAAUAACCGCAAAAUUUUUUCUUAAUGCAUUCUUUUUGGACCUUCUAUAAUAAUACUAUUGUUCCUGACACAAAAUCCGCAAAACGUGCAUUUCUUUAAGUUUACAUUAUUAUAUUUUUAAUAGUUCCAAAGAUAAUUUUAUGGUGUUUUUUCGUAAUAAAAUUUUAAUACUUUUACAGUAUAGAUAUUUUAAAUUAUAUUGUAUUUCCUCGUAUACUUUCAUUGAUAGUUUUCCAGGAUGAUGUCAUAAUAUUUAAUAAAGGAAACUGUGACUAAUCAAUUUUAAAAAGGAAAAUAAUUUAUAUAGUAAAUUUUGUACAUUUUUACUCGUACUAGCAAGGACAAAUUUACCAGUUGUAGCUUCCUAUCUUUGUUUUUGUUUGGAUGUAAAAUGCCCUUUAAACAAAUUUUAUUCAUGUUAAAAUUGAUAAGCUUAGAUUUAAGUUAUUUUCAUAAAGUUUUAAAAGUGAAGUUUUAUUUCAAUGUUACGCUAUUCAGUUGAUGUAGUAUAAUAAUAUAUUUUUGUUCUGUCUGUGACAUUUAUAGUGACACGAAAAUAAUACAAGGAAUCAGAGAGUGCGUUUAUAUGUUUAACAUUAACAGUUAAUAAUGUAGUGAUUUAUCAUAACUUAACGUACGAACAUAGUUAUAAGUUGCAAUGUAAAACAGUAAAUUCUGACAUGUGGAAAAGUUAUUUUUUCUUCAAAUAUGUUUUUGGACCAUUGUAAAAGAAUCAAGAGCCUAUAGCACGUAAUAUGUUUUCACUUACAGAUGCGCUAGUUUAUCAAUACUGAUAGUGUUAAGAACUAAAUAUUGUUAUGAAAAGGGGGAAUCCCAAUGUGAUAUAUUUAUUCGGAUGUAAAAUAACUAUUGUUAGAAUAGAUGUUGUUAGCUACAUUAAAGGUAAUGCAGAUGCACAUAAAAUCAAAUACUUAAUUUUUGUGAGUGAAUACACUACCAUAGUUUGAGGAGUUGUAAUAACAUUGAAUGCAUUAAAAUGCAGCUUUAUACCGUGUAUUUAAAUUGUAAAAUAUUACAAGUUACCAGUAAAAAUGUUAACCUUCUGUCUCUCAGAGUAUUCAGUUGUUCUAAAUAGAUUUUUAAUUUACAGUUGUCAAUGUAGAACGAAAAUUAUUCCUUAGGAGUAAAUACAAUAUUUAUUUUUCAUUGAUACUGUUGGCAUUCGUAAAUGAAAAACUGUUUUUUUUUUAAUCAAUGUAGCUUUCUUGUGAGCUAUAUCAAAAAAAAUUAAUUGAAUAUUUAUGACUGAUUUUUUUUGUGAUGUGUGUUCAAUUAAUUGUAACGUUUUUACUAUAUUAUAGUAAAGAAAUAAAUCAUAAUUUAA